AUGGAAUCUUCUCAAUUAGAAAAUAUUUUAAACGUUAAAUAUACGAAAAAAUACGAUGGAUAUGUUCAAUACGGAACUGCCGGUUUUAGAACAAAGGCAGAUGUUCUUGAACAUGUUCUUUAUAGAAUGGGAUUGUUAGCUGUAUUAAGAUCUAAAGUUAAAAAUGCUGCAAUUGGUUUAAUGAUUACUGCAAGUCACAAUAUUGGAUCUGAUAAUGGUGUGAAACUUAUAGAUCCAGCUGGUGAAAUGUUAGAAGCAGCUUGGGAACUUAUUGCUACCAAUUUAGCUAAUGUAGAAGAUUCAGAUUUAGUUUUUACAAUAAGGCAGAUUAUAGAAGAACAAAAUAUCAAUAUGUCUGCAGAUGCAACUGUGAUAACUGGUAGAGACACUAGAGAAAGUAGCCCUGUAUUAUUAAAUGCUGCUAUUGCAGGAAUUCAAGCUUUACAUGGAAUUGUAAAAGAUUUUGGAAUAGUUACAACUCCUCAAUUACAUUAUCUUGUUGUAUGUACAAACACUAAUGGUAGUUAUGGUGAACCUACAUUACAUGGUUAUUAUACAAAAUUGUCCAAGGCAUUUAAGUAUGUAAGACAAGAUAAAAUUAACAAUGGACAGUACGUCGCAGAAUUGUCAUUAGACGCUGCCAAUGGUGUUGGUGCUACUGUUAUGAGAGAAUUCUAUAAUUAUUUAGUAGGGACAAUUAUAAUCAAUAUGUAUAAUGAUGGAAUUGGAGAUUUAAAUCACAUGUGUGGAGCUGACUAUGUCAAAGUAAAACAAAUGCCACCUGUAAGUGUCCCCAACAAGCCUAAAGUUAGAUGUGUAUCUAUAGAUGGUGAUGCAGACAGAAUAAUUUACUUUUAUUUAGAUGAAAAUUAUGAAUUUCAUCUUUUGGAUGGCGAUCGAAUAGCAACACUUAUUGCUGCAUAUUUUAAAGAACUUUUGCAAGAAAGUCGUUUAUCGUUUCAGCUUGGCUUGAUACAAACAGCAUAUGCUAAUGGAGGUUCCACGAAUUAUAUUUCAAAUGUAUUGCAAAUUCCAGUUGUUUGUGCAUCAACUGGUAUUAAACAUUUACAUAGUAAAGCUUUAGAAUUUGAUAUAGGAAUAUAUUUUGAAGCAAAUGGUCAUGGAACUGUACUCUUCAAAGAAACUGUUAUUCAAAUAAUUAAAAAUGCUGUUAUAAAUCCAGAGCUGUCUAUAACUGAAAAAACAGCUGCUUCCAAAUUGUUAAAUAUAAUAGAUAUGAUCAAUCAAACAGUUGGAGAUGCUCUUAGUGACAUGUUAUUAGUAGAAACAAUUUUACAUGACAAAGGUUGGAAUAUCAUGGAUUGGGAGGAAAUGUACAAAGACCUACCGAAUAAACAAUUAAAAGUAAUAGUUAGUGAUAAAAACCUUAUAACAACAACUAAUGCAGGAAGGCAAUGUGUAACUCCUGAAGGAUUGCAAGGAGAAAUUGAUAAAGUAGUAUCAAAAUAUAGAAAUGGACGAUCUUUUGUCAGACCAUCGGGAACUGAAGAUAUAGUACGAGUGUAUGCAGAAUGUGAAAAUUCAACCGACCUUAACGAAUUAAUUGUAAAUGUAGCGUCAUUAGUCUAUAAACGUGCAGGUGGAGUUGGGCCCGAACCUAAGCUUUCAUAA